AUGAAGCAAUAUAAUCACAACGUUAGGCAUCUCCUGCGGAAGGAGGUCGACCGCGUGAGGGGGCUAUUCUCCUCACGCCCCAGCCGCCGCAGUAGGCGACACUUCGGGCGUCGGGGAUUGAGAGACGAUCUCCGGCCACCGUCGGCAAACGAGCAGACGGAUUACCUGAUGGAGAUUCUCGUUCCAUUGUACAUUCUGGCUGAUGUCAAAUCGGAGAAUAUUAAAUAUGAGGCGCCUGAUCCGGAGUUUGAUGACGAUAUUUAUGAAGAAGACGAUGAUGAUGAUGAUGAUGAAAUUUUGUCUGAAGUCAAAAACGAGAUUACACAGAAGGAAGCCAUUUUAAAAUCGAAGAUUACAAGAUUGGCGACAUCUAAAAAGAAAAAAGAUAAAGAUUGGUCGAAAAUUGCAGAACGGCGGGGCAACGGGCCCAUUUUACGAGAAAAUUCAUUAAAACUACUCGCCAAUUCUACUAUUUUAAUAUUUCAAUGGGACAAAAGUCGGUACAGAUGUUUUUGCUGCAAAGAACCAUUUUCAGACGUGAAUUUGUUAAGAGAACAUAGCACAAACACGCACUCGCUCAAAGAAAUCGAGAAAAAAAUAAUCGAUAAACAAAAUCGUUUUGUGAAAGUCGACGUAUCGAUUUUAAAAUGCAAACUUUGCAACGAAACGUUAGAGAAUUUAAAAAGUUUACAAACGCAUUUGACAGAUGUACACGAUUUGACAUUUGAGCUAGGCGACCAUCUUUUGAUACCUUUUAAAAUUGGCGGGGAAUUGUCGUGUCAGUUGUGCGGGGAAAAGUUCGAAGUAUUCAGACUUUUAAAUAUACAUAUGAAUAAACAUUAUCAAAAUCAAGUGUGUCACAUAUGCGGGGCGGGGUUUUCGACGGCAUUAUUCUUAACUAUUCACAAAUCUAGGUGCCACAAAGCAAUUAAGUGCAAAUUUUGCGAAAUGACGUUUAUAAGGCGACCAGAGAAGCGGCAGCACGAAAUUCAAAUCCAUAACGCUAAAUACGAGCGUAAAUUGAGAUUUCCGUGUCCAUAUUGUACGGAGAGGUUUUUUCAGGAGAAUUUAAGAGUCGAACACUUGAUAAAGGAACAUGGUUUUAAGAAACCGGAGUUUCAAUGUGAAUUCUGUUCAAAGUGUUUUAUAACUAAAAGUUUGUGUACAAAUCAUACUAAGAUCGUUCAUUUAAGAGAGAGGAAGCAUGAAUGCGAUAUAUGCCAUGAUAUGUUCUUUAGACAAUGUGAUGUCAUUAGGCAUAAAGUUAAACACACGGGAGAAAAGAAUUUUUCGUGUAUGGAGUGCAAUAAUUGUUUUGCGAGCAAAGAUUCUUUGCGACGCCAUAUGAAAAGGGCACACGAUUGUCGUAAUAUAAAAUAAAAGAUUUGAUUUUACUGUUUUGUUU